AAAGCUAUAGUUAAAUAAGUUUUUAUAUCACUAUUAGAUAGCCCUUGAAUGUCAAAAUGGCUAACUCAGACAGUGUUUAUACACUGAUAUUACCGCGGAAUGUACAGUUUGAACGUUAAAAAAGUGUUUGUGUACAUUUUACAACAAUGUUGCACAACAGCGGUCCCUUUGGACCAAACGAAGUGCCGAUCAACAUGGGCGCGCCAGUAAACAUGACCCCGAUGAGUGGUACAAUGAACAUUAGCAAUAACAUAAAUAAUCUUUCUAAAAUCGGUCAGCAGUCAACGGAAACUCCUAAUGCGCAUUACCCUGUACCGAACUAUACAACAUACGGGCAUCCACAUUUAAAUAUGAACCCGACAAUGAGCCCGUUUCCAAGUUAUCCUCCAAUUGGCUUCCAAUCGAGCUAUCUACCACAGAGUCCUUCAUCAGUUCAUGACACAAAUUGGCAGAAUGGUAUGUUACCUAUGGGUUUGAACAUGCAAAAUGAUAAUGGUACACUUAAUUAUUCUUCAUCUUCAAUGAAACGACCUGACACUAUGAGUGAGUACAAAGAGCAUAAUUUACACAACAAAAUGUCUUUGCACAUUCCACAGGUGCACACUAAAGCAUUCCAUAAACAUAUCAACAUGGAAAAUAACCAUUAUAACCAUUACCAGCAUUACAGUCCUAGUCCGAGCACAUUUAGGCAGUACGCUGACUGUAAUCUAGAUUUAAGCACAAAAUCUAAAACUGAAAUGGAUCCAAGACGAAAAAGCUUGGAGACAACUGUUAAACUAAUUGAGAACAUCCUUAUAAAUAGCACAAGAAAGAAUGACACAGUUCAGACAAAAAUUACAGAAGAUACAUUUACAAAUCCUAAACCCGCAAGUCCUAUUCAGUCCCAUUCAAAUAACGAUAGCCUUAAAACAUCUCAGAAUAACUUAAUUGAAACCCAAAAAGAAGUUGAUAAACCCAUGAAAGAAGUUGAUAAAGCAGAUUUCAGACAAGAAAAAGAUACAAUUGAUAUGAGAGAUGAUGACAGCAUUUCAAAUUCAUUGAUAUGUAGAGAAGAUAUAUUAUCAACAUCUCAAACCUCAACAAUUGAAGAAGAAACAUCAGAUACAGAGAGUGAACCACAGCCUGAAGAUCUUACUUCUAAUGCGGUUGAGAAACAAGAUAUGAUCAUAGAUACUAGAGUUGAGGUUACAGUGGAAGAAACAAGAUGGGUAGAUACAGAAUCCAAUCCGUUUCUUAAGGAUGUUAAUGGCUUACAAAAAGAAGAUGUGGAAAAUACCAAUGUAAUUACAAGUGAUAAGAGUGUUGAUGAGGCAACAGAAGUUAUAAAAAAUGGAUUAGAAGUAGAGAAAUAUUACACAUGUCCGAGUUGCAGUCUACUCUUCAAGCAUCCAAAAAGAUUUCUCAUUCACCACAAAUGGCAUUCAUUCGGUCUUGGCACAAUUAAGAAGUUGGACAUGGCAAGAGAGAAAGAAAUGAAGAAAACUUUAAGAAGAGAAGCUAGAGUUAUACAAAGAAUGAACAUGAACGAAGUCACGGAUAUGAAUGCUUCGGGAAAGAAAUAUUCGUGCAAGGACUGUGAUAAAGUUUUCAGUGCUAGAGGCAGCUUGAAAAACCAUAGACAAAGGUACCAUCCAACAAGAGUUCGGGACUGCAAAAUCUGUGGUAAAACAGUGUUAGGUUGGAUAGCACUGCGGGCGCACUUGACCACACACACAACGGACUCUGGUUAUCAGUGUAGUGACUGUCCUAAACGAUUCAAAUAUUCACACUCACUGGCUAAGCAUAGAGAUACUCAUUUGGAGAAAACACACGGCUGUGAACAAUGUCCAAAGAUGUUUGGAUCGGUGAAGCUGCUGAAGAUGCAUAUGAAAACGCAUGAGCGUGUACUCAGAGGUACCACCUUCCACUGUACAUACUGCGGGAAGGGUUUCUUUGAGUCUUACAGUUUGCAGGUUCACGAGCGCACACACAGAAACGAACGACCAUUCCUCUGUGAAAUUUGCAACACCAGCUUCGGCACCAACUCCAGUCUUAAGAGACAUUUGAAAGUGUCUCACAAUUCAGCGAAGCCGUUCGAGUGUCCGACUUGUCACAGGUCAUUCGUGUCAGCGGAGAUCCGCGAAAGACACGAGCAACGUGUCCAUGGUGAUCCGGACAGCUUCAAGUUCCCCUGCAACCAGUGCCCUUGCAGAUAUUUGAAAGCGAAAGAUUUAAGAAAGCAUAUGUACAAAGCUCAUCCGAAAGGCAAACGGAAGAGGAAAAUGCACAGCGACACAGAAUAGACCUUAUUGAUAACCACAUAAGGUA